CAAAAAUGAUAAAAGUAGGGUAGACAUGUGGAGAUUAUCCGGCUGAACAAAACGUGAUCCCUCUCUUAAAUGUGUGUCAACCACAGACCUUAUUUCCAGCUAUUUUCCAAAAUCCUAUGGAGAAUUUGCAUUGGUUUUUCACGAAGGAACUGGAAGAAGUUUACUUCCGGGUUUUACCACGCGUCACUGCGGUUCUCUAUACCUGUCAAUUAGUGCUUCCAUGGACCUCAUCUGUAAUGGAAGCUCGUCGAGGAGUCUUGGUUUUCUCAACGUUUGGGAAGACAAGAAAAAUAACAAUAACAAAAGAAGUCCUUUUGGCUGUCACUGACAAGCUUCGAGCCACAACCAAAACAAAAGACAACGAUGAAGGUGACGAGAAAGACACUUUCUGGGGCGAGGUGUGUCAGGAGCUUGGAAUAUCCGAUUCCAAGACCAAUAGGACACGGCUUCAUCAUGCCUAUAAUCAUCAUAAAAAGAUGAGACACAAGACACAGAUGGUGACCGCAGCACCUGCCAGCCCAUCGACAGACAGUGACCACACGGCCUGCCCCAUCGACAGUGACCACAGUUCCACUGACAUUGACCGCACAGUGCCUGCUACCCCAUCGUCGGUUAGACAGGCAUUCACAGAGACGAGUGAACCAGAAGACGUUUCAGAGUGUAAUUCAUCAGGGACAUAUGACUCCUCAUCACACUCAAAAGAUGGGCAACUCUUACACUCAUUUAAAUUGCCUUCAAAUCCUUCAUUUUUUUUUGUCACUAAAAGUGACUGGAAGAAACGGAGGAUGAGACAACAUAAGCGUCGAUUCAAAUCUUUAAACUGGACUUCAGUCAUGGCCACUGGCAUCCGGAGUGUCCACCCACACUGUUGCUUUGUCUUCAAAUCUCACAGUGUGCGAACAGUUGGGUCAAAAAGGAAAGGGUCACUUUUUUCAUGUGUUGGCUACUGUCGAUUUGAUGACUGUCCUGUGGAGGUCGAAGUUGACAUUGAGGAUGAGUCAUCCCUUAAGGCAGUUGUGACCUUCAGAGGUGAAAAAGCAUGGCACAACUGUGAAGAACUCAAACAUCGGCCUGUGCGUGCAGAUGAAAGGGAUGCACUUGCUAAUGCCCUCACCAGCAAACUUCCCAGAAGUGUGUACCUUGAUAAGCUCAAUAAACUGGAUGACACUGUGUUGGCUUCUGGAAACAGAGACCAGGUACCAUCAACUGGUGUGAUGAAAACAUUGUCCUGGCAGGCAAGAAAGAAGCUGAGAAAACACAGCAAUGAAAUGAUCAGCCUCAGAAAAAUGAUGGAGGAAGAGCUUGAGACUGAGGAAGCAGUCAUUAAAAAAAUUAUAGCACACCCCAAAGGAGUCAUGCUAUGGUCCAACAAAACAAUUGACCUCUUCCAUGACAGGUGCAGGGAAGACAUUGUAUAUGUGGAUGCGACACGGAGCAUUGUUAAAAAGGCAAAAGGGAAAACCUCACCUUUUUAUGUGUAUGAGAUGGUGGUCCGAAAUCCGUUCAAAGGAUCCUCCCCUGUCCCUGUGGCCACCUACAUCACAAACGACCACACAAUAGCCUCCAUAUCCUUUUUCCUUGGGUCAUUUCUGACUGAUGUAAUAAGACUCCAUGGAAGGGGAGCCAAAAAAAGACCUGUCAUGCUGAUCUGUGAUGGCUCUACAGUCCUCAUGGAGUCCAUGGCCUAUAAUUUCUGUGGAGUCAGCCUCCAGGAACUUCUCUCCAUGUACUACAGCAUCGUAUCUGGACAGGCAAAGCAUGAUUUUUCGCACUUCAGGAGUGAGGAAUUUGACCGGACAGGGCAGACUGUCCGGCUUAAAGAUGGUGUUGUGCCAACAAUAUUCAACUUCCCAGCUCAUCUUCAAAGGCCGGAAGCAACAAGAAGCACAACCACUUCAAGAAGAGCGGAUGAUGAACCUCAGCCUAAUGUUGUGAGUAUUCUGAAUGUGGCCAAGACCAGAGAGAUGGUCAUUGAUUUCAGGAGGGUGAGGACGUCUCUUCUACCCCUGUGCAUUCUGGGAGAGGAUGUGGCUGUUCAACAGGGAGCCACUGGAGAGAGGCGAAAGAGCCGCAAGCGGCAGGGCACUGACCACCCAUAUGCAUUGCCUGCUUGCCCCGAGGCUAUAAAGGCCAAACUCAACGGAGCCUCAGCGAGUUUGAGGAAACUGCAGCGGGAGAAGACCAAUGCCUUGGCGAGAGAAAGGAGGGCCAAGAAAAACAUGCAGGCUCUUCUGGAGGAACUGAAGGAGAAAAAUCUCAUAAACGAAGAGCUGAAAGACAAGCUUGAAUGCUACUCAGAUCUUCCCGUUCACCUCCUGUCGAGGCAGGGUGUAGAGUACACCAAGGCCCAGAGAGAUUUUGCUCUUACGCUCCAUCUGCAUGGUCCAAAGGCAUAUCACUACCUGAGAGACACUCUGCAUAUUCACCUCCCACAUCCCAGUUCAUUGCAAAGGUGGCUGAGCUCUCUUGAUGCCAAACCUGGUCUCAACAAAAUGAUGUUGGACAUGCUGGAAAGACGGCGUCAGGAAGAUGAGGCCAAGUACGGAAGUGUCACUCUGAUGCUGGAUGCCAUGGCCAUCAAAAAGCACGUCCAAUAUGAUCCUCAGACACAAACAAUGUCUGGAUUUGUGGACAUGGGGGAUCGAAUUAAUGAGACUGACAUUGCUUCUGAGGCUCUUGUGUUUAUGUUGCUGAGAGCCAAAGGUGUGGUGCUGGUGUCCCCGGUGGUGGCUUCCCCCUUUGUGUGUUGUGCUGUGCUCCCCCCUGAUUUGUGUUCCUUCGUGUGA